AUGAGUAUGAUGAUGAUGCCCUUGCAGCGCCUCCUGUUCCGUUCCUCGUUCCAGGCACCGUAUCUUGGCAGCCUCAUCGCGGCAAAGGUUGCCGCUUUAGCAGGCAUCUUUCUGGCAGCUGGCACUUCCCUCGCCGAUGCCCUGACGAUGCUUGCAGCAUUGCUUACCGGACUGGACAUCGCCAUGAGAAUUGCAGCUUCCAGGAGCAGCAAAUUCGCCUGUUCGAAACAUGGCUCCGAUCUGCUCUUGGUGGUGUUGUUGAUGCUUCAGUGCAUAUCGUGUUCAGCAGCGGAUGCCACAGAAGCCAGGCCGAAGUGCCGAGCACUUCGACUGGUUCUGCCCUUUGCGGUGCUUGUGAGCGCCGGUGGGAACAUGAUGCGAAUGACGCGUCAGCCAAAGCCUGAAGGAGCACAGCAAGAUCAAGAUCACUUGGAGGUUGGAGGCAUGAACAUGGAGUGA